AUGAAACAAAUGAUAGUUUCGAUGCUAUUGAUUCUAUUUGUUAAUCAAUGUUUAAGUCAAAAUGGUUUCCCAAAACAAUUUCAAGCAAUAUUGAAUAUAAGUGGAAUAGGUUCUUGGGAUUCACCAUUUCCAGGUGUUAAACAAUUUUUGUAUGAUUACGAAAAUUUAAGAGCUCGUUUUGAUAUUCAAGGAUCGCGAGCAAAACAAAAUGAAACUUGGAUGCUUCAAUAUAAACCCAAAGGUGCUGAAGCAGAUUCACCAGCUUCGCAGGGUUAUACAAUGUUUAAUUUCAAUCCUGAUUUCCCAUAUUUCACAAAAAACAAUUGUUGGUAUAGAACAAAUUCAAUGAUUGAUAUAGGCGCAUUUCCCGUCAGAUGGUUACAUGGUGUAGAAAAUUACAUUCAAAUUUACCCAUGGUAUCCGUUACCACAAAAACUUAUUAAUAAGGGUGAAGAAUGGAUACCAGAACUUCAACUAAAUGCAACAGUAUGUUUUCCUAUUUCGAUUAGGAUUGUGACAAGAUUUACCUCUUAUAAGUCGAAUUCUUUUGAUAGAAGUUCUAUUUGGAUGAAAUUGGAAACUGAAAGAAAGGAAUUCUUUAAUAUAUGCAUCUCAAUACAAAUACCGCAUUUCGAGGAACUCUUUAGGAAAUCACUAGAAUUCUACUUAUUCAUUGUGGUUUAAAUUAAUAUAGUGAAAUACCUGCGAGUAAAAAAUAUGUAAUAAAAAAGAUUGUCAUUGUUGUAGAGAUACGAUACACCGGAAAUAUGUGAUUUAAUACACUCUCGUAUUGGCAAAGUUCCAUGUUUCAGUUAUUUUGAAACAAAAGAUAGACCAGUUAAAACCAUUCAAGCACGUCCUGUUCCUCCCGAAUCUUUCGAUAAUGAUGAGUCCGUAUAUAUUCUACCCUUUUAACGAGAAAAGAAAUAAGCACAUGUUAAUAUAAUAGAUACAUAACUACAGUUUACCUAUCGUUUAUCCAUGGUAUUCCAUCAGAAGCUGAACAUUUGUUCGAUCUACCUGCUCAAUGGCCUGCUUAUUGUGGGAAUGCAAAUGCAGGUAAACUAUAGUUGUCACAAUAGAGGUGUUUGUGUUGUCAGUCAAUAAGAUUAGACAUAAUCGGAUCAAAUUAAAGAUCUCAUCGCCAAACUAACAAAUUUAAUAUAUUAGCUGCCAUUGGUGUGCAGCA